CCCGCCUUCAAACAAAGUCUCCCUCCUUUUCUCAUUCUUUAUUUUUUUUGGUAGUCAGCAAGUCAAGUCAAUCUCUGGAAACCCCACCAUGAGCGACAACAGCAGCAACAACAACAAUAGUGGGAAUAAUAACAACAGCAAUCAGAAGCGAGGUUCCGUCAAGAAACUAUCCGCUUCUGCCCCGUUGACAGCCAAGGGCUAUGUGGCGACGCAACAGAGUUUGACUGGUCUCGUUCAAGAGUUGUUGGCGACCGUCAAGGGUCUCCGACGCGAACAAAAAGAGCAAAAGGAACAGAUUGAAGAGCUGACGAGUCAACUAGAAGAUCAAAAGCGGCUCAUGAAACGGUUGGUACAGCGGGGACUGGUCAGCAGUGGCGGGGAAGAAGAACCAUCCACAGAAGCAGCCGCUACGACCGAAGCGACGCCGGCCAAUUUGGCCAAGCUGCGUAGGGAAUUGGUGGGCAUGAUUGGCAACGCACUGGCACAGCAGGAAGAAGACAUUGAAGCUGCCUUGAUCAAAGUCAGCAACUACAAAGAAUCUGGUGUUACAUGUCAGUGCCCAUGCUGCUGCAGCAACAACAACGAAAAGAUGAACCCAAAGCAAAACGUCACUGUAGAACAAACUUCACCAGAAUCGGAGAUUUCCACACCAAGCGACAACGAUAAUGAGCAUGACUCAAGUCCCUCCGACCAAGAUUGCAAGAAUGAAGAGGUUAUUCAGUCACAAUCCCUGAAAAAAGAAUUCGAUGACUUUCGAACCAAUAUUCUACCCAAAGUGUUUGCCCAGCGAACUUUUCAUUCCAAUGGGACCACCAUGCUGGGUCAACUGCCAGCCACCACUACAUCGACAGAUGCCACCUCGUUUAUCGAUUAUCCCAUGAAAAUGGUUGUUUCGGACGAAGAAGCUGCCACAGAUCGACAAUACACGUGGAGCAUCGAAGUGUCGGGUGGACAGUGGGCCGUGGGAAUCGCCUUGUCCUCCUCGGCCUACAAAUGGGAACCACACAAUACCACGGUGUGGCUGCUGGGUGACAAAAAGGGAGAAUGGGCCUAUCGAAACGACGACACACUGUGGUGCAAUGCCAAACAACGAAAAAAGUUAGACACGACAACAUCAUCUGCUGAGGGCAAAUGGAUUGUGACACUCACUUUGGAAUUCCAACCUCGCACCAAAAUUGUCUUGUACGGAUCAGUAUCCCAAAAUCAAAAUCAACAACAGGCCACAGUGUUGUUUGAAAUGCCGUGGAGCAACUUUAAGAAACCUGCCUCUACGGCAUUUGUGCCAGCAGUCUCGGUACAGGGAGGGUCGUCGGUGCGAUUCUUGGGCUGGCAAUAAACAAGAAUAGCCAUGCCCAAUGUAUCCAUUAUUUUCAUCGGCUAUUGAAGUAAUGGAUGAUUAUCUCUACAUCUAAUAAUGAGGACCCUACCUUUCGCUGGUGUCUGAGCUCUGUAAAUGUUGGGCAGCAUACGGUAUCGGUGGGUAAAAGCCAUACCGGUACCGUACUGAAGGCUUCCAGGGAGACAGAGAUUCAAAAAUCAAUGGCAGAUCCAAUCAAUCAAUGCACCAGUCAUCAAGACAUGACACUGUGUUUUCGUUUCUUGAUUCCGCAAGCAGCACUCUUUGUGGUGCUGUCUUGUGAGUUGUUGCCUGGAUGACUCCAUUUGCCUGGGUUUUCAUGCAAAAACCCAUAAAGCAGAUUGAAAACAUCGUCAUCUGUGGCUGGGUGAUUUCGCUCGUUUUGCACAUUGUCAAGAUAAAUUGUAGCAUCCUGCACUCUCACCAGCAGAUCCACAAAUCCUGUGUUGGUGGUGCUGAAGUCUGAUACACGUGCUUCUUUGCGACCCAGCAAAUUGAGCAUUGUGUAGAAAGGCAGCAAGUGUUGGCUUGGGUGAAGUUCAUUGCAGAGGUUGCCCCUCAUAUUUUCAUCAGUGCAGCCAUCAUAAAAUCCUGCAACAUCUAAUGUUGUAUUGGACUGAAGAAUAGUCACUAAAAUUUCCUGGUAUCUCUUGAACUUGUCCACUUGUACAUCACGUUGACGGUAGUAGAAUCCUUGGAGGGUAUGAUUGCUCUGCAGCGAAUUGAGAAUUGGAUCCAGCCCCUUUGCUGAUGUGUCACUGGUAGCCCAGAUUGACAAGGUCUUCAAUAAGAAAUUCUUGCG